AAGAUAACUAGAAGCUUCGUAGUCUAUAAUAGAUGGGUUGAACUAUUUUUCAUAAUCUUCUAUUGGGCCUGUGCUAUAAUGGCUUAGGGCCGGCCAUUAUUGACAUUGGGCCUCGUGGUCUACCCACAUUCACGAGUAAAAGCCUUUUCUUAGGCUUUUGCUUUGUCUAAUGAUAAUGUGGGCUCAAAACACCAAAUUUUGUUUGGGCCCUAAAGAAAGUUAUCCAAUAAGUCGAUAAAGAUGAAAACGCAAAUUCUAGAUUUUUAGUAUUCUAUACAUCUUCUCCGUACGGGUCCAAAAACUAAGACCUUGGGUUUUGGAAGUGACUCCGUUUUCCGUUCCCGUUUGAUUUGUGACGCAGAGAACUGUCCCAGGUACUGAGAGUAGCUCCAACACUUAAGGUGGGUCAACUGCAACCUUAAAGUUUCUUUAGCAUGUUUCUCCCUCUUGUAACUGCCACACUUAUGGUCUCCAAACAGCAACAAAAAUUUGAGUAAGGUUGUUUUUAUUUUCAUUUCCACUAGGUGCCACCUUUUUUAUCUGUCUUUUUUAAUUGCAAGGAUUGAUGUGUAUGUUGAUUGUCUUCCUCAAUAUGUGAGUUGGGUUCAAUCCCGAAAGAGGCAAAGACAAUAACUUUGUUGUAGCAAGUAGGUAGUUGUCAGUGUCUCUUCUGCAUAAGCUCACUCACACAACACAGGCUCAUUCUGAAAUGAAUUGGAUUCAGUCUCAAAUCUGCCACAGUAGUUAUGCUACUAUCAACAACCCCACUAUUAUUUCCCCUUCAUGUUGUUGUUGUUCCUCUUCUGCAUCAUUGCCUUACAAUUCUGACUACAAGAAACAAUUACCCCCUCCUCUAGCUUCUUCAUCUGGCACCAGAAUAACCCCUGCAAUUGUUUUUAUCUUUGUCAUUUUAGCUGUUGUGUUUUUCAUCUCUGGUGUCCUCCACCUGCUUGUUAGAUUUCUCAUAAGGCUCAGAUCCUCUUCAUCAAUUUCUCAGUCCAAUAGGUACCCUGACAUGUCUGAAUCUGAUCCUUACCAGAGACAGUUACAGCAGCUAUUCCAUCUCCAUGAUUCAGGCCUAGAUCAGGCCUUCAUAGAUGCCCUCCCACUUUUCCUCUACAAAGACAUUAUAGGGUUGAAGGAGCCAUUUGAUUGUGCAGUGUGCCUUUGUCAAUUCUCAGAACAAGACAUGCUGAGGUUGCUGCCCCUAUGCAACCAUGCUUUCCACAUUGAUUGCAUAGACACAUGGCUGCUGUCAAAUUCAACCUGUCCUCUCUGCAGAGGGAGUCUUUAUGAGCCAGGCUUUGCAUUUGAAAACCCAGUUUAUGACUUUGAGGGUGUGAGGGAAGAAGAUGGGGUUUCAGGCAGUGUUGCUGGUGAGGCUAGCAAGCAUGCAGAAAGCCACAUAAUGAGUGGGAAAAGGGUGUUUUCUGUGAGGCUUGGGAAGUUUAGAAGCUCAAAUAAUGGGGAGGGGGUGGGGAGAGGAGGAGGGGAGAGUAGUACAAGUAAUUUGGAUGUUAGGAGAUGCUACUCAAUGGGGUCCUUUCAGUAUGUGGUUGAUGAUUCAGAUUUGCAAGUGGCUUUAUGUACCAAUAGAGGUGAUGGUGGAGGUGCCAUUGGUGGCAGUAUGAGACAAUUAAAAGGGAGAUUGGCCCAUUGUGGAAAUUCUUCCACUGAUGGGGAUGUUGAGGGGAAGAAAAUCAACAUUGCUAGGAAAGGUGAAAGCUUUUCUGUUUCCAAGAUCUGGCAAUGGUCUAGGAAGGACAAGGUUUCAAGUUCACAAGAAAACCAUUUGGGUGGUUCUGCAGCUUUGCCAUGGAUGAAUAGAGCUCAAGGUACAUGAAUGAAGCAACUUACAUAUCUUCAACGAGUCCUCAUUUGAACUCCUGCUUUCAUACUUUUGAUUUUACAUUUUUAUUGAUAAUACUUGUAAAUUAUGCCAUAAACAUCGAUUCAAUCAAGCAUUACCCUUUAAAUAAGAAUUAUUCUUGCGUGUGUGUAAGGAAAAGCAUUCCUUUUAUACAAAGUCCCGUUUCUGGACUGUGGCAUAAUGUUACCCUUAACUUGUAAUUUUUCCUUAGAGAUGAUCAGAAUCCACCAUCUGUUUCACUUGUGAUUUGUGAAGUUCUUGGAAAGUUAUACUUGGAAGAUGUUAUGAGGAAAGUAAAAAGUAGUUAGAGAGAAAGAAAAGUUAGCAAAAAUCACAAUGACACCAGAUGAUUUCAAACAUAAUUUUUGAAUGUGGACCCUUAUUGUAUUAGUGUGACAAAAGUGGUCUUUAUUAGCAAUUUCCUGCAAUGAGUAGGAAGAUCAAAGUGAAGUCAAAAUUGGGUAUUGCUUUUUGGAUGCUUUGGUUUUUUAUCUGGAGGUAUGCUUUAAUUAAACCUAUGGGUUAAAAAGAAGCAAAAGAAACAACAAAGAAUUCCAUUCAUUCUCUCUCUCUCUCUGUUGAAGCUGUCCCUAUUUGGUGGGUUCAGCAUUUGAUUGCCAAGAUGACAAGAUGGGUGAAAAGUGAGGUGGAAACAUUUUCUCAUCAAGACCAAGAGUUGAGACAUGAUUAGAAAUUUUCUGUUAGUGCUCCAAAGAUAAUUAUUCCACAUUUGUCUUUUGCAAUUUUGAUAGUGCUAUUAUACAUGUUCUCUGUACGUAUUUUGAUUAUCAGAUAUUACUUGUUUUAUGUUUUUAA